AUGUUAUUUCAGAAUAAUUUGGUAAGAAAAAAAGUAAAUUAUACAAAAAAGUUAUUUCAUUUAAGUGUUUGUUCUUACAAUGAUAACGUUAAUCCCAGUAUGGCUUCUUAUAUAGAAAGUGCAUAUAAGAUAUGGAGAAAAGACAAAAAUUCGUUGCACAAAUCAUGGGAUUCUUAUUUUUCGAUGGUUUCAAAAGAUGCAGGAAAUGAAUUGUCAAAUACAGUGGGAAUAGUAGAUGUAAUAGGUGAAAGAAGUAAUGACAAUGUAAUGAAUAAACUGUUAAAAAAUAAUCCUCUUAGUAUUACUUAUGUAAAUCAAGAAAUGCUAGAAAAAGGUAAAACACAUAAUAUAUAUGAUUUAGCACGAAUUGUUCAACUCAUUAGAUGGUAUCAGAAAAAAGGGCAUUUAUAUGCUAAUAUUAAUCCUUUGCCAUUACCGAAAAAUCCUCCUUAUACUAGUAUUUCAUAUAAUCCUGAUAAAAGAAAAAUAUCUUAUGAGGAUUUUGGAUUUACAAAAGAUGAUUUAGAUAAAGAAUUUUCUUUUGAUUUGCCUUCAAUUACUGGUUUUUUAAGUGAUAAUAAAAAAUGUACUUUAAGAACUUUAAUAAAAAGAUUAGAAGAAACAUAUUGCGGUACCAUUGGAUUUGAAUAUUUGCAUAUAACAGAUGAAAACGUAGUAAAUUAUAUUGUAAAAAGAAUUGAAAAAGAUACUAAAUUUGAAUAUGAUACAAAUAUGAAAAAAAGAAUAUUAGAAUAUACAGCAAGAGCAUUUUUAUUUGAAAAUUACAUGGCAGCGAAAUUUGCAACAACGAAAAGAUUUGGUAUAGAUGGAUGUGAAUCUUUAAUAACAGGAAUGAAAGCAUUAGUAAAACGAGCUUCUAUGUUAAAUGUAGAUAGUGUAUUAAUGGGUAUGUCUCAUAGAGGAAGAUUAAACGUUUUAAUUAAUGUUUUACAUAAACCAUUAGAACAAAUGAUGUCAGAAUUCAGAGGUAAAACUGGUUUUAGUGAUAAUAUAUGGGGGAAUACAGGUGAUGUAAAAUAUCAUUUGGGUGUAGAAAUUGAUCAUUUUGAUAAAGACUCUAAUCGAUAUAUCCAUAUGGGAGUUGUAGACAAUUCUUCUCAUUUAGAAUCAGUUGAUCCUAUUUUAAUGGGACAAGCAAGAGCUCAACAAUAUUACUGCAAUGAUAAAGAAAAGAAAAAAGUGUUGCCAAUUACUAUUCAUGGAGAUGCUUCAAUAGCAGGGCAAGGUAUUGCUUAUGAAACCAUGCAGAUGUCAAAAUUGCCAAGUUAUAGUGUUGGAGGCACUAUACAUAUUGUUGUUAAUAAUCAAAUUGGUUUUACUACUUAUCCAGUUGAUGGAAGAUCAGGUAAGUAUUGUACUGAUAUCGCAAAAUGUAUAGAAGCCCCGAUUAUACAUGUUAACGCUGAUGAUCCUGAAGCGGUUACAUAUGUAUUUGAAUUAGCUUUAGAUAUAAGAAAUAAAUUUAAUAUUGAUACAAUUAUUGAUAUUAUUGGGUAUAGAAAAUUUGGGCAUAACGAAUUGGAUAUGCCUAAGUUUACAAAUCCAUUGUUAUACGAUAUGAUUGCAAGACAUAAAUCUGUGUUAGAUAUUUAUAGUCAAAAAUUAAUAGAUGAAAAAGUGAUAACUGCAAAGGAGUUUGAAGAAAGUAAAAGAAAUAUUUUUAAUUUUUAUGAAAGAGUAUACGAACAAUCAAAAUCUUUUGUUCCAACACCAAAAGAAAAAUAUUUACCACAAUGGGAACACAUGGUAACACCUCAAAAAUUCUCACCAUCUAGAAAAACAGGAGUUGAAAAAAAUGUUUUGAUUAAUCUUGGAAAACAAAUCUUUACUUUACGUGAAAAUUUUCAUGCACAUCCCACUAUAACCAAAUUAUUUAAAAGUCGUAUUAGCAGUUUAGAAACUGGUAAGAACAUUGAUUUUGGUACAGCAGAACUUUUAGCGUAUGCAACUUUGCUUUCAGAUGGUUUUCAUGCUCGUCUUUCUGGUCAAGAUUCUCAAAGAGGAACUUUUUCUCAUAGACAUGCUGUAUUACAUGAUCAAGUUACAUAUGAAUCUUAUAAUAUAUUUGAAUCAUUGAAGACACCUCAUACUUUUGAAGUAAAUAACUCCUUACUUUCAGAAUACGCUAGUUUAGGUUAUGAAAUAGGUUAUAGUUAUGAGCAUCCAGAUGCUUUAGUUAUAUGGGAAGCACAAUUUGGAGAUUUUGCAAAUGGAGCACAAGUUAUGAUUGAUAAUUAUAUCGCAUCAGGAGAAACAAAAUGGAAUAAACAAUCAGGAAUUGUUAUGUUGUUACCUCAUGGUUAUGAUGGGCAAGGGCCUGAACAUUCUUCUGCACGAAUUGAACGAUUUUUGCAAUUGUGUGAUGAUAGAGAAGAUAUAGCUACAUAUCAUAUUGAAAAAGAUCAAAAAAUUAUUCAACAACAUAAUAUGCAAGUAAUUAACUGUACUAAACCAUCUAAUUUGUUUCAUGCUAUAAGAAGGCAAAUGCAUAGAUCUUUUAGAAAACCAUUAAUUGCUAUUACUCCAAAAAGGAUGUUAAAAAUGAGAAUGACAUUUGAUGUUAUAGAAAAUUUUUUGACAUCAACUGAAUUUUUACCGUAUUUACCGGAAGAAUUUGGUCAUAAGUUAAAAGAAAAAGAGCAUAUUAAAAGAAUUAUUUUAUGCUCAGGGCAAGUUUAUUAUGAUUUAUUAAAUUAUAGAGAAACAAAUAGAAUCCAAGAUGUUGCCAUUGCAAGAAUAGAACAAUUAUCUCCAUUUCCAUUCAAAAGUUUUAUGAAAGAUUUACAAACAUAUCCUAAUUUGAGAGAUGUUAUAUGGGCUCAAGAAGAACAUAUGAAUAUGGGUCCCUGGUUUUAUGUAUCACGUCGUAUUGAAGCAGCAAUCAAGCAAUUAAAAAAAGAUAAUCCGAAUUGGAACAUUGAAAGAUCAGAAGUUAAUUAUUCAGGUAGAGAUGUAUACGCUGCACAAUCAGCUGGUGAUCUUAAUUUACAUUUAUAUCAAUUAGAUGAAUUUUUAGUUGAUGCUUUUGAUUUAAAAAAAGAAUAUAAUAUGCAUGCGCAGAAGUAUACUAAUUCAUUAUGA